ACACGACAGGUCAUACCUAUAUAUAUAUUUAAAUGAGCACAUCCUUCUUCCUUCCCACCACGACUUGAAAGCUUACGGAAGGAAGCCGCUUCUGUUGAUACAGACAUCACUUUCGGCUCGCUAUGGCGCUUCGUCGUUCAGGACUAUGUCGUCUUUUCCUCGUGCUGCUCACAACAUCCCAGUGGACCGCGCUAGUCCAGGGUAAGGAAGUUUGCUACAACAACCUGGGAUGUUUCUCCAAUGACCCGCCCUUCGACAACGCCGAUGGAGCUCUACCCGAGUCGCCGAAGGAGAUGGGCGUGAAGCAUCAUGUCUACUCACGUCAGAACCAGCUCACGCCCGUCAGUAUCACUUCUGAUGACCCCGAGUCUGUGAGUAAGGCCACGACCCUUGACCCCACUCGUCCCCUAAAGGUCAUCACUCACGGAUUCAGUGACAGCAUCUCUGUCGAGUGGAUGCAAACUCUGAAAGAUGAGAUUCUUAAAGUGGACGACGCCAAUGUCUACCUCGUGGGUUGGUCAAACGGAGCCAAGGCGCCCUUCUACUACCAGGCAGUGUCCAACCUACGCGUGGUGGCUGCAGAGGUCAAGGCCAUCCUGACCCAGUUUGUGGCUCAAGGUCUCCGGCUGGACGAUGUACACGUCAUGGGCAUGUCCCUGGGAGCUCACCUGGUCGGGGAGGUGGGCAGACUGACCGCUGGUCAAAUUGGGAGGAUUACUGGAAUGGACCCCGCCUCGCCCGGCUUUGAAGGUCUGAACGUUGACGUGAGACUGGACAAAAGUGACGCCAAAUUUGUUGACGUCAUUCACACAGAUGGCGAAAAGGGCGGUGCUGACGAUGGUGUCUGGAACAAGCUGGCUGGCGGUGGGUUCGGCAGUUUCCUCCCCUCGGGCCAUGUAGACAUCUAUGUGAAUGGUGGACAGGAUCAGCCUGGAUGUAACGACGGCAUUGUAGGACUGGUCCAGUCCUGGCUGGGGUGGAGAAAAAAACGUGGCCUGGCCGCCCUCGCUGGGAAGGUAUCGUGCAGCCAUGGACGAAUCUGCUCUCUCUUCAUCGAGUCAGUGAGCUCCCCUUGUUCCUUCACCGCCUACCCUUGUGAUAGCUACCUACGCCUACUGUUCAGGCCCCACAACUGUGCCCAACAAAGUGACAAAAACAAUCACUGGACUGAGAGCUCGCUCUUGCUGAUUGAUUGACUGCAGGACGGAGGAUUGAUUGGUUUUUGAUUGAGUUGGUGUUUCACGGCACUGUCGACUCAAUUUUGGUCAAGGAUUGAGGAUGACAAAAGCAGAAACUGCAGAAGAUCAAGAAUGAUUUGUGGGGGGGGAGGUGGGGGAGGGGUCUGUGUAAUAAUAUGACUAAACCCGUUUCUCCUGUCAUAAUUUGAA